GAGAGAGACGGGCUCAGAAAAUGAGAAGGGUCUCUUCGAAAAUCUCUUCUUUUAUGUCCCAACGGUUUCUUCAGCCGAAACCUAAAUUUCAAAUCAAUGUGUUUCGCUUUUACUGUGAUCAUCCCCAUCUUUCUUCGCCAAAGCGUCCAGGACCUCUCACACGCUAUAGGAAUCUAGUUGAGCAAGGGAAGCUCCAGCAUGAUCCUGACCAGGAAAGAGUUGCUCUGGAAUUGGACAAUUUACUUGGGAGGUUAGAGCAGUAUGAGAAAGAGAUGGAGGAAUAUCAUGUAACCCUAGCAAAGUGGGAGAAUGAAAGGGAGAAUGAGCGACGCAGGCUUUUGAUGGAGGAAGCUGAGCUCAAACAACAGGGAGACAUAGGGACAACUGUAAGCAAGUAUCGGAAUAGACUUGUUGAGAGAUGGAUGUUUCGGAAAAAACCUGACAAUGUCGAACCAGGAGUGGGAAAAUGGGUUUCAUACCUUAAUCGAGAAAAGAAGUUGGAUACAGUAAUUGGUCGGCGCCCAACUCCUCCUCCAGCUCCAAAAGGUUUAUAUUUGUAUGGUAGUGUAGGAAGUGGAAAGACAAUGCUUAUGGAUAUGUUUUAUAGUGCCACUGAAGGAAUUGUUAAACAUCGAAGAAGGUUUCACUUUCAUGAGGCUAUGCUUGAAAUAAAUGAACAUAUGCAUAAAGUAUGGAAGAAUCAAGUGGAGGAAAAGUCUUUGCAGUCGAAUAUUUCUAGCUGGAUUAUGAAUCUUCCUUUUGAUACAAAAGUUAAAGAAUGGUUAGCUGCGGAAGAAAGAUAUAAGCAUGAGGUACAGAUGAAAAACAUUCUUCCUGCUGUAGCAGAUAAGUUUCUUGUAGACCGAGAGAUGGAUCAAAGAGGGGCUAGCAUUCUUUGCUUUGAUGAGAUUCAGACUGUUGAUGUAUUUGCUGUUGUGGCCUUAUCUGGAAUUAUAAGCAGAUUGUUGAGUACUGGAACUGUUCUUGUGGCCACCAGUAAUCGAGCACCAAAUGAUUUAAACCAGGAUGGCAUGCAGAAGGAGAUCUUCCUAAAGCUUGUUGCCAAAUUGGAGCGGCACUGUGAGAAUGUUUUGAUUGGAAAUGAGAUUGAUUAUCGCCGCCUUAUUGCACAGAGAUCUAUAAACAAAGCCCAUUACUUCUGGCCUUUAGAUGGUAUUGCUUUUAAGAAAUUUGAGGAAAUGUGGCAUGAGGUCAUAAACCAAUCAGGAGGAAAGGUUAUAUCUAGUACUAUUCUGGUGAUGUUUGGCAGAACAUUGGAGGUUCCUGAGAGCUGUAAUGGAGUGGCACGGUUCAAAUUCGAUUAUUUAUGUGGUCGGCCGGUGGGUGCAGCAGACUAUAUUGCAGUAGCUAAAAACUAUCACACUGUUUUUAUAUCUGACAUUCCUGUGAUGAGUAUGCGUAUUCGUGACAAGGCAAGGAGGUUUAUCACCCUUAUUGAUGAGCUAUACAAUCAUCAUUGCUGCCUGUUCUGUUCUGCAGCUUCUUCUAUUGAUGAUCUGUUCCAAGGAACUGAAGAGGGAACCCUUUUUGAUUUGGAGAGUUUCCAAUUUGAAACAGAGACAGAAGGUGGGAAACUUCGCCGAAAUGUUUUAGCAGAAGGUAAUGUAGGUUCAGGAGGUGCACCAGCUGGCAUAAUAUCACUGCUUUCGGGUCAAGAAGAGAUGUUUGCCUUCCGCCGUGCAGUCUCGCGCUUGAUCGAAAUGCAGACACCUUUAUACCUGGAAGGAGUUUGCGAUCUUCAUCCUUAUUUCCAGAUACAACCCCAGGAGCUCAGGGAUGAUAAUGCAAGAACCUUACAAUCUCAAACAACCUGCUGAGAAGUAAACUUAUUGUACUGAUACCAUACCUCAAGUAUUGAUAAUGCUCAUUCUUCUUCUCUCCUACAGGUUUAGCUGUUCUAUUCAUGUGCCUUUUCUUUUAUUACUUGAAUAAAUACUGAACAUGUUUCAUAUGAGGUUGAAUUAAUAUAAUAAAAAGCAAUUCUUUUUUCCAGUUUA